CAGGAACACUAUCAUGCCCACCACACGAUUAAUCCAAAGCCAAAGAAGAGAAAGAAAAAGAGGAGAGAGAGAAACACAGAGAGAUUGAAGCAAAAAUCGAAAUGGAGACUGUGGCGGUGACAUGGAGCAGAGAAGAAGAGAAAGCAUUCGAGAACGCAAUUGCGAUGCAUUGUGUAGAGGAAGAGUUAACAGAUGAUCAAUGGACGAAAAUGGCGUCAAUGGUUCCAACCAAAUCAUCAGAAGAAGUAAAGAAACAUUACCAAAUCCUUUUAGAAGAUGUCAAGGCGAUCGAGAAUGGUCAUGUCCCUUUACCUCGUUAUCACAGAAAAGGCAUCGCCAUCGACGAAGCAGCAGCAGCAGCAACUUCUCCGGCGAACAGAGACGGUCAUUCCUCCGGCGGAAGCGGAUCAUCGGAGAAGAAACCAAAUCAUGGAGCCUCCGGGACAAGUAGCUCCAAUGGCGGUGGAGGAGGAGGAGGGAGAAGUGGUUCCAGAGCUGAGCAAGAGAGAAGAAAAGGGAUUCCAUGGACAGAGGAAGAGCAUCGGUUGUUUCUUUUGGGUUUGGACAAAUUUGGGAAAGGAGAUUGGAGAAGCAUAUCAAGGAACUUUGUGAUCUCAAGAACACCGACCCAAGUAGCAAGCCAUGCUCAAAAAUACUUCAUCAGGCUUAACUCGAUGAACCGAGACAGAAGACGGUCUAGCAUUCAUGACAUAACAACUGUGAACAAUCAAGCUCCUGCAGUUACAGGACAACAACAACAACAACAACAACAACAACAAGUGGUUAAACAUAGACCAGCUCAGCCACAACCACAGCCACAGCCACAGCCGCAACCACCGCAUCAUCCUGGUGCCACAAUGGCUGGAUUAGGGAUGUACGGUGGUGCACCCAUGGGACAACCGAUCAUUGCACCACCUGAUCAUAUGGGUUCAGCUGUUGGUACACCUGUGAUGCUUCCACCUCCAAUGGUACCUCAUCAUCACCAUCAUCAUCAUCAUCUUGGAGUUGCUCCUUAUCCUGUACCGGCUUAUCCGGUUCCACCGAUACCGCAGCAACAUCCAGCUCCAUCUACAAUGCAUUGACAACAAAGUUGGUAAAAAAACUGACAACAUUGUACUGAGAAAACUUGUGUACAUUUUCUCAAAUUUGAAUAGCGAGAGAGAAAAAGAAACUGCGACUGAGACAAGCAAAUAAUGUACAGCAGAGGAAUCUGUUCUUUUCCAUUUUAAGAACCUAUGGAUUUUUUUUUCUU